AUGUUGAUCUGGAGCACAAGAGUUUAUUUGAUGACUAUCAUGGUAUCAUUACUUUGGCUACAGCUGGUUGAAUCGUUUUGUAUUUAUAAUUAUUUAGAAGAUCCCAAUGCAUAUAUAGAAAUUAAUGAUGUAAACGCUUCAGAAAGAUCGUUUAAAAAGACCGUCAAUCCUGGAAGUAGCGAGUGUUGUCCUUACUCGAAUGCUGAUUGCAGUAAUAGAUCUCGUAUUCCAGGAGUAGCAAAGCAUUUUAAUAUAAGGAUCAAGUUUGAUGGACAGGAUUGGGACGAUACCGAGUGGAAGUAUACAGAAUGUGAAACUGCUGGAGGUCUUGCUAUCUUUGGGACAGUAAAUGAUCAUUAUGGAAAGUGUAAAAUGAGUGAUGGGAGUAUAAAACAUUGUCCCAUUCUUAGAUGA